GUAUCUCCCAAUCCACUGUAAAGAGCAGCGACUCGAAGCGACUGCUGCAAUCACUCCGAUCAGCGGCCGUGCGACUGAACUCCUCUCCUCCAAGAAGCUCGGUGGCCGGAAAUGGGCUCCGCCGACCGCUUCGACUCUGUCUCCCCGAUCGAGCCUCUCGACAUAGAGAAUGGCCUCACGCUGCUCCCCCGAGUGAGGCUCAACCUCGCCGUCCACCCGGCCAGCCCCGCCCAGACGAAGCCCGUCGACGACUGGCAGCUCAAGCGCGCUCUGCUCGACUACCUGAAGAACUCCCUCUCCGUCUCGCUCGCCGUCCCCGAGGAGGACGUCGACGUCAGACGCUUGAAGGACCUUAAGAAGCGGAAGCGCGACGAGCCCCUCGCCAGCGGCUCGCUCGUGAUCCGCGACCUGGGGUUCCUGAAGGAGACCAAGAGGUCCAGCUUCGACGAGGAUGAGGCCACCAAGGAAGGCGCGGUCAGGAUUCUGGAGAAGAAGUACACGGAGUGGAGGAAGUAUCUAGUCGGGAAGAUGGACGGACUGGAGCUGAACUUCGGAGGGGUGAAGUUCAAGUUGAGUGCUUCCUUGCCGGCUUCGGACGAUUUCGAGGGAAUGAAGAAGGAAUGGGAGGAGCAUUUCGCAUUUAGCAACAGAGGAGGGUACUCCAGAGGAGGGAGAAGAGAGACCGAUACAAUUGUGUUGAGGGGGGUUCCAUCGAGGUGGUUUGCUGAGCCAAGGGUGUCAUCGAAGCCAUCGAUGUUGGUCACACAUACUAUCUUCUCUACAUUCGGCAGUAUAAGGAAUAUUAGUGUUGCAGAAGACAAUGACUUUGGUCAGGACAAAGACGAGGAUGCGGGCUUAGUAUCAGGUCUUCAUUGCAAGAUUGUGGUUCAAUUCGAGAAAUUCAAGGACUUCCAUAAUGUUCUAAGAGUUCUGUGUGGCCGUUCAAUGCAAAAGCAAGGAUCACGACUGAGAGCAGAUUAUGAGGUCUCUUGGGACAAGGAUGACUUCUUCCGGAGCUCCAGAAGUCAAAACCAAGACAAACCUUUGGAACAACAUGACAGAGGUGAAGCACCGAGACGUCAUGUUUCUCGUUACAGGCCCGAACAUUCUUGGCCAAAGAGAUUUAAGGAAUGACAUGCAGUGUUUGUGUAUCCAUUGAUUUUCUCGAGGAUGUGGACACUGUGAAUCUCAGCCUGGAGUUUAUUCUUACACAUGUAGCCCUGUAAUAGCUUUCUGGCCCGUUCUGCCAUGAGAGAGCUCAAAUUGUUUGGCAAGUAUUCUGAAUAUUUUCAAGUUACAAAUGUAGAGAACUUCUCCAUGUAUGAUCAACAGUCCUGCAUGCUUCUGAACUU